AUGGCGGGCCCUCUGCUGGUUGCCGCAAAGACAGCAGACAGAUUGCCUUUGGUGGCAUGCCUGCAGAGGGUCCACUGUUCGCUGGGCUUCCUCAGACCUCUCGCAGACCGGUACGUUGCCAACUACCAACCACUGCACUAUGAGACUAUAAUGAACAGAGGAGCUUGUGUCCAAAUGGCAGCCAGUGCCUGGAUCAGUGGAAUUCCCAUUUCUACUAUGCAGACUGGGAACAUAUUUGCAUUACCUUUUUGUGGUGGUAACAAGGUGGAUCAGUUCUUCUGUGAAAUCCCCCAGCUGCUCAAGAUCACUUGCAAUGACACAUACCUCAGUGAAGUUGUUAUUACUUCUUUUCUCUUUUUCUUAGUCUUAUGUUGCUUUGCUUUUAUAAUUGAGUCAUAUGUUCAGAUCUUCAAAACCGUGCUGAGAAUCCCCUCUGAGCAGGGCCGGAAUAAAGCCUUCUCCACCUGCCUCCCUCACCUCGCUGUGGUCUCCUUGUUAGUUUGCACUGCCACCUUUGCCUACAUGAAAUCCACCUCCAGCUCAUCAUCAGGUCUGGAUGUCACAGUGGCUGUUCUUUAUUCUGUGAUGCCUCCAGUGAUGAAUCCAGUCAUCUACAGCAUCAGGAACAAGGAGAUAAAAGGUGCCCUGAGGAAACUAACUGAGGGGAAGUUAUCCAAAAAGAAUAAAAUUUCCAGAUUUCUCCCAUGA